CAAUUUGGUCAGUGGCCAAGAUGAGAAGAGCCAUUGCACCUCAAUAGCGGGAAUGACGAAUCUGCUUCACCUCGAAGCCCAACUCAUUGACAAUCUCAGCAACUAUGCAGAUGAGCUGGAAAACAAGCUGCUCACAGUCCGCGGUUAUGUGACAGAAAUGCGUGCAGCAAGCAGGAAAGCGCAGCAGGAUUCAGUGGCUCAUCUGUCGAAUCCACUAAAUUCAUUUUCUCUGAUACGUCGCAUGCACGAGGAUUGGAUACACUGGCAGAAAUACAUGAAGCAGCCGGUGGGCCAACAGCAGGUGAAAUACCUCAAUGAGCAGCGGGAGCAGCUGCCCAGCAGCACCGAUCUCCAAGAAGCGGCUGAAGCCUUGUAUCGCAUCCAUGUCACUUACGACCUGAAGAUCUCCGACAUGGCCAAGGGACUGCUCAAUGGCAGACAGUACAAUGUGAGCUUGAGUGCCUUGGACAGCUAUGCGCUGGGCAAGUUCCUGUAUGAUCAGCAGAUCUUUGAGGAUGCCGGUAAUUGGAUUUACCAAGCGAUCAACUGGCUGCAGAACAAGCAAAACGUUCUGGCCUUGCCACUGCAACUGGAUCAAGCUGAGUUGUUGCAGGUUUAUGCCGAGGCACUUAUCAAGUUGAAACGAUAUGCCGAUGCCCAAAAGGUGCUUCAAACUGCGACGACCUUAAAAAAAGAUAGUUUCAAAUUGCUGAUACGCAAAUCGGAAGUGGAAACAUUGAUAAGAACGGAGCCGAAUGCUGUGCCCAAGCUGAUUAAAAAGCGAGUUGGGGGCAAGUACGAGAAGGGUUGUCGGGGCCAAUAUGCCCCCGCAACUUCGUCUCGGCUACACUGCGUCUACAAUAGCACAAAUUCAGCAUUUCUGCGAUUGGCUCCAUUGAAAAUGGAGCUGCUUCAACUUGAUCCGUAUAUGGUGCUCUAUCACGAUGCGAUCUCGCCUCGUGAGAUCGAGGAUCUGCAAUUUCUAGCUAUGCCCAGGCUGAAACGCGCCAAGGUCGUCGAUCAAGUGACCCACCGCAAUAUGAUGGUCAAGGAGCGCACCUCAAAGGUUACCUGGCUGGGGGACGCAACCAAUGCAUUCACAAUGCGCCUCAACAAACGCAUCGAAGACAUGUCUGGCUUCACAAUGUACGGCUCGGAGAUGUUACAAGUGAUGAAUUACGGUCUGGGCGGACACUAUGCUUCACACUAUGAUUUUUUGAAUGCUACGUCAAAGACAAGACUCAACGGAGAUCGUAUUGCUACAGUUAUGUUCUACCUCUCUGAUGUGGAACAGGGUGGCGCUACAGUCUUUCCCAAGAUACAAAAAGCUGUCUUUCCCCAACGAGGAACAGCCAUCAUAUGGUACAAUCUAAAAGAGAACGGAGAUUUUGAUACAAACACUAUACAUGCCGCCUGUCCCGUUAUAGUUGGCUCCAAAUGGGUGUGCAACAAAUGGAUACGUGAAAAUGAACAGAUGUUUAGAAGGCCGUGCUUAAAGCAAAACUCAAUACGCCAUACAAACCAUCUGAUAAGAAUUCCAACAAUGUAUUCGAUUAUAUUCGCUUACAUUGUGAUCGCCAUAAUCUUGUGUCCCAUCAAAGCACAAGAUGAACCCAUCGAGGAAAGCUAUUCAACAUCAGUCUCGGGAAUGGUGAAUCUGCUCCUGCUGGAGGCCAAACUCAUUGAAAAUCUCAACAGCUAUGCGGAUGAGUUGGAGAGAAAGUUGAAUAUACUAAAAAGUGUGGUUCCACGAUUGCGCGCCGAAAGCGAUAAGGCCAUGACUCAAAUGGAGGAUUAUGUUUCGAAUCCUUUGAAUGCCUUUUCACUGAUGCGUCGCAUGCAUGAAGAUUGGACAGAUUGGAAGAUAUUCAUGGAGACACCAGUGGGUCGUUCGCAUGCCACUUUUAUAAAUGAGCACAAGGCACAGCUAACAAGUCCAACUGAUCUGGAGGAGGCUUGUGAGGCAAUACAUCUUCUGCAAGAUGUGUACAACUUAACAAUUGGGGACAUGUUCAAGGGAUUGCUCAACGGAACGCAGUACGACACAAGUUUAAAUGCUCUGGACUCGUAUGUGUUGGGCCAACACUUGCACAAGCAUAAAAAUCAACAUGGGGCCAGCGAAUGGUUUGCGGAGAGCAGCAAGUGGCUCAUGGAUCAUUCUCUGUCCACUCCAAUCGGAGCUGAUCCAGUUAAAAUGUUGCAUCUCUUUGCGAGCGCAUUGAUUAACUACAAGCAAUACUCGAUUGCGCUGGCAAUUUUGGAUCAUGCACUGUUGAUGGGAAAUAAAACAGACAACCUACUGAAUAAGAGGGCUGAAAUCGAGAAACUUGCCCGAGUUGAGUCCGAAAUAAACCCCAAACCCAUGAAUAUUACUCCUUACUCUAUGGGUUGUCGCGGUCAAUUUGCAAUCCAAUCAAGUCUCUACUGCAAAUACAAGUUCAAAACAUCCCCAUUUCUCCGCUUGGCACCACUCAAAAAGGAGGUUCUAAAUCUGGAUCCAUUUAUAGUGCGAUACUACGAUGUGCUGUCGCCAAGUGAAAUCAACGAGCUGCAGGAACUCUCCCGGCCUCUGCUGAAGAGGAAUAAGGCUUACGGCUAUGGAAAGUAUGUGGUGCGAAAGACACGAACCUCAAAAGGAGCCUGGCUGGAAAGGGAUCUCAACAAUCUGACGAGGCGCAUCGAAAGACGAGUUGUGGACAUGACUGAGUUAAGCAUGCAGGGUUCUGAAGCAUACAAUAUUAUGAACUAUGGCUUGGGUGGACACUACAAUGUUCAUUUCGAUUACUUCGACAGAACGAUCGACUUAGAAGGAGCUGGCAAUCGCAUUGCAACUGUGCUGUUCUAUCUGUCUGAUGUGGAGCAGGGAGGCGCCACAGUAUUUCCAAAUCUGAAACUGGCUGUCAAUCCAGAGCGUGGAAUGGCUCUCUUCUGGUAUAAUCUGCUGGACAAUGGAACUGGCGACACGCGAACCCUUCAUGGAGGCUGUCCAGUUCUUGUGGGCUCCAAGUGGGCAAUGACCAAGUGGAUACAUGAACGUGCUCAGCUGUGUACUAGACCUUGUCUAAAAACAAAUUUCUAAUCAAUAAUUAAAGUUACUCUGAGAGCAAA